AUGUCCCUCCCGCCCACGUGGAGGGCUAGCGGUGGCCCUCAAGCGAUGCCAACGUAUGGAAUGCUGCGCCCGCCUGUUUCCCAAGCUAUGGGGGCCGACCUUGCUCCCACGAUGCUGCACGGAGAAGCUUCGCCAAGUUCCGUGGCCAACGAAAAUGAAGAGGUGAGAGGGGAGUACAUCGUCCUCGGUUACGAUUUGAAGCCGGCAUUGCCUCCGGCGUUGGCCUUGUCUAUCUUGGGGGCAGCAGCCGUCAUGGCGAUGGUUGAGAUCCCGCUCCUCUGCCGGUUGCACGGGUGGUCCCAGGCCGAGUCCCCUUUGAUCGGCCUCGAAGUGGGCUUCACAGCCAUCACACUGUAUCUGUUUGGGUAUUGCUCUUUUGCAGACCCUGGGCAGCUGAAGAAGACACGCAGCAUCGACCUCGAGCAGGGGGAGGGGCCCUUGCGUUCUCAUGAGUCGUGGCAGUACAGUCAGAAGAUCCGAAGGUACGACCACUACUGUAAAUGGGUCAACAAUGUGAUCGGUCUCCUGAACCACAGGGAGUUCGUCCUGAUGCUGGCUUGCUUGACCUUGAUAGGUCUGUUUGGGGUGGCCCUGGACGGCUACCUUGCUGUCCUUCUUGCCCAGAAGGGCAUGUGGGAAUCGGAAGUGGCGGUGGUGCUGCACCUAGCCUUUUCCGUGGGCCUCCUGGCCAUAGAAGUGCCAAUCAUCCGCAUCCACAUCGGCCUGGUUUGCAGGAACGAGCUCGCCCAAGAAUGGAAACACCAUGGGAACUACGUGGCGAGCAACACGUCGCUGGGCGACUUGAUUCCAGUAGAGCAACUGGAUGUCGAAGAGUACAACCAGCUCUUCGAUGAAAAGGCUUUCAUUUACGAUUCGUCCAGGUGUCAGCACGAAUUGCUGGAACUUCUGGUGCUGGCCGCGCUGGCCAGCUGCCUAACCUUCGGAAUGAUCUUUGCACUUCGGGAGGCCAUGAAGCGACCCGCGUCAACGGCCAAACUGGACCCGCUCCAGUCCUACUGCGACCAGGUGCAGGAGGGCCUCGAGUCCUCGAAGGUCCCGCCAGCGGUCACAAAGAUGCUGUCCGGGAUGGUCAGGUCUGCCUUGCUCACCAGCAAGGACAAGCGCCACAAGUACCAAGCCUCUGUGGUCCAGAUGGUCACGGACACCAUCCAGGGUGUUGGGGAGGACUUCGAGCAAGCGAUUGCAGAUCAAAAGUCCAAGAUCGCGAACUCCGACACGGAGCGCGCGGAAAGGGAAGCGGCGGUCAAAGGGGCCAAGGAGGACUUCGACGCGAAGAAGCUGUUGACGCAAGAGAAGAAGUAUGCGCUUGCAGCUGACGCACAGGCUUUCAAAGCGGCCAAGGAGGGCGUCUCCAAAGCGCAGGCGGCAAUGCGUGAAGCUGACAAAGACCUGGUUGAUCGGCAAAAGGCCAAGGAGAACCUCGAAUCGAUCGUGACAGAUCUGGUCACGCCGCUGGUUCAAGGAGCCGUCACUGGGGACGACGCUCGGCGAAGUGCCGAGAACCUCCUCUCCUCGCUGAAGAAGCUGGCCCUCCUGGACGAGUCUCUGCUCACGGCGAUCCCAGAGGCCAUCACGAAGGAGCCAGCAAUGCGGGGUGCUUUCGACACAAGCGUCGUGUCGGGCCUGCAAGAGGAGUUGGAGCGCCGUCGUGUGUCGGUCACACAAGAACUGGCAGCCUCCACACCCCAGAAGGAGCAGCGAAAGGCCGAGCUCUCACAAGCCGAGGCAGCCUUCGAAGAUGCCAAGGCGAAGCAGCAUGUCGGUGCUGAGGCAUACACAGAGGCCAGAGCAGCCCAAUCUACGGCGGAAGCCAGCGUCAAGCAAGCACAGAAGGCUCUGUCCCAGUUGGAUCCGCAAGUGAAAGCGCUGCAGAAGGAUCUCAAGAAGCUUGAGGCCGAGCUUGCUGACUUCUAUGCGGGACCUCGAUCCGCCCUCGCCGAACUUUCCGAGAGGAUCGAGCCGACAGAGCCGGAGGAGGUCACGGUGCAGGCAGACGCAUGA